AUGGACAAGAAAAUCUUGGAAUACAGCAGUCACGCUAAAACCAGAAGUCCGGGACCGGCGGCGUACAAUUUGAAACCCACCAUAGCCGGCAAAGAGGUGACGCCAGACCCGACAGUCGAGUGGCACCCUAGAUACACCUUAAAGGCACGGAAAAUGGUCCAAGCGAAGCCCGUGGGACCGGGACCGGCGUUCAACACGGCGGGUUUGAGCAGGUACGGCAAGGCCAAGGCGCCGAGCGCGCCGUUAGGCCGUCCACUGGUUUUGCGGCAAGACAACCUACCAGGGCCGGCCGACUAUUGUCCGCAGCAACAAGAUCACGUGCCCGGGAUCAGGAUAGCGCGACCGUUGGCGGCCUCGGACCGCCGGCGACCGAAAGAGCCGAAAAUCGGCCCACCGGCGCCCAACGCGUACAUGCUACCCAGCACGCUCGACGGGCCGAAAACCCGGAUUGGCCGACCGUUAAAAGACAGAAAUCCGCCGCCGUUUCCGGGGCCCGGCCAGUACGGCCUGGUUCGGCCAGACGUGUACAAGCCCGCUGCGCCCGGCCGGUCGAUGGGCCGCAGAAUAACGAUCAAGUCGGUCGAGAAAAGGCCCGGGCCAGCCGACUACUAUGCCGAGUACUGCGCGUACAAGCCGACCACUACCGCCGGUGCGACGUUUGGCACAAGACAUACAGAAAAAACCGGCGUGUUCGCCGUGCCACCCGACAACGAGUAUUUUGCGUGCUAA